GAGGCGGCAGUCGUUGACGGUGGUCUCUCUGGUGAAGAACGAAUCGCAGGCGAAGUAAACAUGGACGUAAUUGACGAUGAUCUGACACCUGAGCAAAUUGCCGUGCUCCAGAAGGCGUUCAACAGCUUUGAUCACCAAAAAACUGGCAGCAUCCCAACAGAAAUGGUCGCAGAUAUUCUGCGUCUUAUGGGCCAGCCCUUCGAUAAGAAGAUCCUGGAAGAACUUAUCGAUGAAGUUGAUGAGGACAAGUCUGGCCGCCUGGAAUUCGAGGAAUUCGUGCAGCUCGCUGCCAAAUUCAUUGUGGAGGAGGAUGAUGAAGCCAUGCAGAAGGAGCUGCGUGAAGCAUUCCGUUUGUAUGAUAAACAGGGCAAUGGCUACAUUCCUACCUCAUGCCUGCGUGAAAUUUUGCGUGAACUGGACGACCAGCUGACCAAUGAGGAAUUGGACAUAAUGAUUGAGGAAAUCGAUUCCGAUGGUUCUGGCACCGUUGAUUUUGAUGAAUUCAUGGAAAUGAUGACUGGUGAAUAGACGUUGCGGCAGCACUCUAACAAAACAGCUUAAUACCCAACCACAUACUUUUUAAUAAAGAAAGAGAUUCGCUACACACUCAAAA